AUGUGCAGCUACACGAAUGCGCGAUGUUGUUUUGUGCAAAAUGCAAUGUUAGGUGACCAUAUACCGCAGUACCUAACGUUACAAGCAGACGACACUUUUAACAAGGCCGCUCUGAUAUCGCUUUGCAAACGCAUUGGCAGUGCCGCACAUGAAGAAGAUAUGCCCAAUCUAUAUGCAGCCGUUCUAUUCGGUGUGAGAGCACAAUGA